GUCGCCAGUGCCACUCGUGUUGUCAAAAUGAAAUGUUUACAAUGAGAAUUAUCAUAAUUGUUUUACGUGUAUUUAAACACCAAAAAUCGUUUUAGUUAGUCGGUGAGAUGUCGGGGUUCAGCUCAGAGCUCAUUGACUACCUGGAGGGAAGGAUUUCAUUCGAGGACUUUGAAAUACGGAGAGAGGAAAGAAAAGCUAAAUUGAAGGUAUCGAACAAAGGACGUUUAGAGGAAGAUGAAGAGAUUGGACCAGAUGACACUCUCCCCAGCACUUCCCACGGCCGCAGUCCGAGAAAAUGUUCCAAAAAACGGCCCGCAGCGGAUCCUGAGGAAGGUGUCAGCCCCUCUGUCCAGGAGGCCUUUGCCUCGAUGAUGGGGGAAGGAACAGAGACUGAACAGACUGAGGAAGAGGAGGAGGAGGAGGAUGAAGACAACGAUGACGAUUAUGAAGAAGAGGAGGAGGAAGAGGAGGAUUCAGAGGAGGAGAGGAAGGUUGAAGUUAAAGGAGAUGAGGAAGUCCCCUCAGCUGGGGAUGUCUUUGCUCUGGAAAUGGAGCUUAACCGAGAGAACAAGAAGAUGAUGAAGGAGAGACGUAACCGCAGCAAGCUGCCCCGGGCCCUAAGGGGCCUCAUGGGAGAAGCCAACAUCCGUUACGCCCGCGGAGACAAGGAGGACGCCGUCCUGAUGUGUAUGGAGAUCAUCAGACAGGCCCCCCUGGCCUACGAGCCCUUCUCCACCCUGGCUAUGAUCUAUGAAGACCAGGGGGACAUGGAGAAGUCUCUACAGUUUGGCCUGAUCGCUGCCCAUCUCAACCCCAGCGACUGUGAGGAGUGGGUCAAGCUGGCCGACAUGUCUCUGGAGCAGGACAACAUCAGGCAGGCCAUCAUCUGCUACACCAAAGCCAUUAAGUAUGACCCCAGUAAUGUGCGCUACCUAUGGGAACGUUGCAGCCUGUAUGAGCAGGUGGGGGAACACAAGCAGUCCAUGGACGGGUACCGCCGUAUCCUCAACCUACUGCCCCCUAGUGACGGAGAGCACUUCAUGCAGCUGUCACGAGACAUGGCCAAAAGCUACUAUGAGAGUAGUGACCUGCCGUCAGCCAUGGGGGUGAUGGAGGAGGCCCUGAGGAGACACCCAGAGCUGGUGACAGACGAGAGCAUCAACAUGGCUGCUGAGCUCUACAUCGCCAACCACCAACACGGCAAGGCUCUUCAGGUUCUAGUCCAGUUCUGCGGGAUCGUCCUGGAGAGAGGAGAACUUAAGCCAGACCUUGCAGAGGAGGAGAACCCAGAGGAGCAGGAGAAGAUGGAAUCAGAGGAGGAGCAGAAGAAGAUGGAAGCAGAGGAGGAGAACCCAGAGGAGGAACAGGAGAAGAUGGAAUCAGAGGAGCAGAAGAAGAUGGAAGCAGAGGAGAACCCAGAGGAGGAGCAGAAGAAGAUGGAAGCAGAGGAGGAGAACCCAGAGGAGGAGCAGAAGAAGAUGGAAGCAGAGGAGGAGAACCCAGAGAAAGAAAAGGAGAUGAAAACAGCGACAACAGAGGAGCCUGGAGGGGAGGUUAGACAGGUGGUAGUUCCAGACCAUGUACCAGUGGACAUCAGAGUGAAACUCAUGGUCUGUCUGAUCCACCAGCAUGUUUACAGACCUCUGGAUUCCAUGUUGACGUCUCUGAUGGAGCAGAGCCCAGAGGAGCUGGGGGAUCUGUACCUGGACGUGGCUGAGGCCUUCCUGGACGAGGGAGAGUACAACUCAGCCCUGCCUCUCCUCUCUGCCCUGGUCUGCUCUGAGAGAUACAACCUGGCUGUUGUCUGGCUCCGACACGCUGAGUGUCUGAAGGCGCUGGGCCACAUGGAGGUAGCAGUGACGAGUUACAACAAGGUAGUACAGAUGGCUCCUCUUCACCUGGAGGCCAGGCUGUGUCUGUCUACUCUGCAGCAGCAGCUGGGUCGACCUCUCUGUGCCCUCAAGGCCCUGGAGCCCAUGUACGACCCAGACACACUGGCACAGGACGCCUCCGCAGCACAGCAGGAGUUGAAGCUGCUGCUGCACCGCUCUACUCUGCUGCGUUCCCAAGGCCGACUGGAUGACUACCUGGAUACCAUGCUGACCAUGCUGGCUAUGCUGCUGAAGGUGGCUAUGACGCGGGCACAGGUGUGUGUCAGAGCCAGCAUGUGGUCGGGGGUCAGACACCUGCGUCUGGUCAAGGUGUCUAAGGACCUGGUGUCAGACAUCGGUGACCAGGAGGCAGCCUACCAGGACAUCAGUGGUAAGACCAGUGUGUUGUCCCGGGAGGACUGGUGGUUACUGUUGGUGAGGUGUGUGUGUACGCUGUGUGAGAUGAAGCGUUUUAAAGAGGCAGAGCUGCUGGUGGAUUCUUCUCUGGAGUUCUACUCCUUCUAUGACGUCAAGGUGAAGAGGAAAGAGCUGGAGUUCUUUGGUCUGUCGGCUGCUUUCCUGGACCAUAACUACCGCAAGGCCUACGAUUACAUCAGGCUGACGCUGAUGGAGAAGCAGGAGUGGCCCAUGCUGUGGAAUGUAUUCAACCAGGUGACCCUUCACUCCCAGGACGUGCGUCAUCAUCGGUUCUGUCUGCGUCUGAUGAUGAAGAACCCAGACAACCACGCCCUGUGUGUUCUCAGUGGACACAACGCACUGGUGUCUGGCAGCUUCAAACACGCACUCGGUCAGUACGUUCAGGCGUUCAGGGCUAAGCCAGAUGAACCUCUGUACAGUCUGUGUGUUGGCCUCACCUUCUUCCACAUGGCGUCUCAGAAGUUUGUGGUUAAACGCCACCCGCUGAUACUGCAGGGCUUCUCGUUCCUGUGGCGUUACGUGGAGCAGCGUGGGCACUGCCAGGAAAGCAUGUACAACCUGGGACGGGCCCUGCAGCAGAUGGGCCUGGCACACCUCGCCAUUCACUAUUACCACAAGGCUCUCAGCUUCCCUCCUCUAACACUAGAGGGUAUUGAGGCUGACCAGGUAGACCUGCGUAGAGAGAUAGCCUUCAACCUGUCAAUCAUCUACCAGGCCAGUGGAAACACUGAGAUGGUACGGCACCUCAUCAACACAUACUGCACGGUGUAACGGCCUAACGGGCUGUCAGGUCCUCCUAUACUGCACGGUAUAAUGACCUAUCAGGUCCUCCUAUACUGCACGGUAUAAUGACCUAUCAGGUCCUCCUAUACUGCACGGUAUAAUGACCUAUCAGGUCCUCCUAUACUGCACUGUGUAAUGACCUAUCAGGUCCUCGUAUACUGAACUGUGUAAUGACCUAUCAGGUCCUCUAUACUGAACUGUGUAAUGACCUAUCAGGUCCUCGUAUACUGAACUGUGUAAUGACCUAUCAGGUCCUCGUAUACUGAACUGUGUAAUGACCUAUCAGGUCCUCGUAUACUGAACUGUGUAAUGACCUAUCAGGUCCUCCUAUACUGCACUGUGUAAUGACCUAUCAGGUCCUCGUAUACUGAACUGUGUAAUGACCUAUCAGGUCCUCCUAUACUGCACGGUAUAAUGACCUAUCAGGUCCUCCUAUACUGCACUGUGUAAUGACCUAUCAGGUCCUCGUAUACUGAACUGUGUAAUGACCUAUCAGGUCCUCUAUACUGAACUGUAUAGUGACCUAUCAGAUCCUCUAUACUGCAUGGUAUAACAGCCUAUGUGAUGUGUAUUAUGAGACAUAUAAUUGAUGGUAUAAGAUAGUGUUUCCCCAAAUAUUUUUUUUCAGCAGCGGUGACCAAGUUAGUGUAGUGGGUGUGGCCAAUGGCACGGUCUCCGACCGAAAAUGAGCAGAGACAUUUUGGUGUUUUAAAGCAAAUUUUCUGCAAUUCUACACAUUUUGUCAUGGUGCUAAGAGAAAAAUGCUCACUUUAAAAACAAAUAUUUUGCACAUUUUGCCGUGGCUUCUGCCGUGUUCUUAUGCUGUCUGAAUGACUCAAACAUUAUAACAGAAUCAAUGAUAUUUUAGGGGAACUUUUUAUUCUCCCUGACUAGUUUUUAUUUUGGUGAUUCUUUUUUUUGUUCUCAAAGAUACUCUUAAUAAAAAAUCUAUCACUCCAUGAGCUUUUCUACAUAGAAAAAAUAUAUAUGUUUUUUGGUGAGAGUGGCAGCAAGUCAUAUUUUUGGGAGUGGCAGCAACGAUGUGGUGCGCCGCCACUGCUAAAUUAGUAUAGGGGAAACACUGUGAUGUCAUAUGAUGUCCUGACCUAUACCAUAGGAAUACUAUUACACUGUAUCAUGUAUAGGAAGUCAUAUUUACCAUAGGAAUACUAUUACACUGUAUAGGAAGUCAUAUUUACCACAGGGAAUACUAGAUGUAUCCAGGGGUCACAUUUAAAAUCACCCCAGUCACUUACUCCCUGUUCCACAGCCUUGCUAAAAAACUGUCUAAAAAUGUAAACAUGUUUUGUAUAUAUUGUUGUCAACAACACCUUAUGUUAACUCUAACUUGUGUACAUAGAUUUUGUAGAAAAAUGUAUUUGAAUACACUGAAAUAAAAAAAACAUCUGUU